AUGGCCAUCCUGCCGGCCUACGAGCGGGGCUGCCGCCACGGCGCGCCGUCGCGGGCGCGCUGCCGCGAGCGGCGCGACACGGCGCGGCGCGUCGAAGCCGUCGAGAAGCUCGGCGAGGCCCUCGACGGCGUGCUCGCCACGGGCGACGCCGUCGACGCGGCGUCGCUCGAGGUCCUGCUGCGGCGCUUCGAGCCCGCCGCGCACCCCGAGGCGCUGCUCGUCGCCCAGGCCAUGACCAUCGACGCCCUCGCGGCCGGGCGGCCCGAGGCCGGGCGCCACUUCGCCGUCGCGCGCGCGAUAAGGCUCGCGCUCGGCGCGUGCGGCGGCAGCGACAAGUUCCGCGCCGCGGCGGCGACGACGGGCCUGGCCGUCGCCGGGUCCGUCGCGGCGCGCUGCGCCGAGGAGUUCGUCGGCGUGCCCUGCGGCUGCCUCGGGCGCCUGCCGCGCCCCGCGCGGCGGCCCUGGGAGCGGGCCAAGUCCGAGGCCGCGCGGCUCUUCGCCGCCGGCCGCGUCGACGACGCGCGCGGCCACUACAUCGCCGCGGCCGACGGGUUGAGCCAGGAGCUGGCGCCGCCGGCGACGGCCGAGGACGGCAGGAACGCCGGCCUCGCGAGCCUCUGCGCGCUCAAGGGCGGCGACGCCGCGGGCGCGCUGGACCUCGCCGCGCGGAGCGUGCAGCUCGCGCCCCACGCCUCCAAGCUCUGGGCGCGGCUGGGCGCCGCGCGCUUCGUCGCCGGGGACGCGGCGGGCGCGGCCCUCGCGUACGAGAACGCGCUGGACCGCGAGGCGGCCGUCGCCGGCGCCGGCUCGAAGGACGCCGCGGUCUUCGCGAAGCUCAAGCGCGACGCCGAAAACGCCGCCGCCGCGGCGCCGGCGGCCGUCGCGCCCGCGCCCGCGGCGCCGCGCGACGCCGCGGCGCUCGUCGACGGCGCGCUCCGCUGCGAGGCCGUGCUGUCCUUCGUGAGCGAGCGGGGCCUCCGGGCGCUCGCGGCGGCGGCGGGGGCGCUCCGGCCCGUCUCGGACCGCGGCCGCCGGGCGCUCCGGUGCCGGGCCAUGCUCCGCUACAGCGUCGGCGUCCACAGGGACGGCAAAUACCUCUCCGUCGCCGACGCCGCGCGCGCCUACGUGCAAUCGGGCGACGCGCAGGCGCUCGCGCCGGCGAGGAACGCGCUCUACCUCGGCGCGCUGCUCCGCUGCGACGCCGUCCCGCGCUUCGACGGCGCCGCGCGCCUCGAGCAGCUGCUCGAGGUGCCGCUCCAGGAGGCGUCGAAGCGGUCGUGGCUGCCCGGCGAGACGGAGCGGCUCGUGCGCGCGGACGCGGUCGCGGGCCUCCUGGCCGUCGCCGCGGAGCAGCCCCACGGCGACGCGCGCGAGGUGUCGCUGCGGCUCCUCCGCAACCUCACCGCGGCCUGGGCGUCGGCCUUCGCCGAGGACCGCGCCAGGACCUACGACUUCCUCGAGAGCCAGGGCCUCGCGGUGACGGACCUCAAGGAGGCGCCGACGGUCAUGGCGGCGCACGGGCCGCUCGUCGACCUCUACAACGAGCACCUCGCGCGGCUCCCCCACGACCCGCGGCCCAAGACGCUGGCCAAGUGGCGCUGGGGCCUCGCGCGCGUCGUCGUGCGCGGCGGCCUCCGGGACACGAGGCCCAAGGCCCUCGCGAAGCUCGCGGCCUUCGGCUUCGCGGCCGCGGCGACGCUCGUCGAGGGGCCCGAGGCGGGCGACGCGGGCCUGCUCGCGCUCUUCGCGGACCUCGGCGUCCUCCUCGAGCACGUCGCGCGCUACCGGCCGCGCGGGUUCCUCGCGAACCUCCGGGACAACGACGAGUGCAUCGCCGACUUCCUCGACGACUGCAAGCGGCGCCGCGCGCUGCUCCCCGCGGCCCUCACGGCCCUCGCGGCCUGGGGGCGGGACCGGGGGCUGAGCGAACGACCCGCGGCCCCGGCUACAGUCGGCGAGAUCAAGCUCGUCACGGACCCGGCGGGCGAAGACGCGGAAGACAAAGGCAAGCUCUUCAGCAUACACCUCAACGACCGGGACUACCUGCUCAAGGCCGUCGACGCCGCGGCGGCCGCGCGCUGGGUCGAGGUCCUCAACCAGCUCAAGAACAACGCCAACACGAACGUCGCGGAACCCAAGGACGCGGAGGGCGCGGACAAGGCGGGCGCGGAGUUCAACAAGUCGUCGCGCGGCCUGCGGGCGUGCCUCCCCGCUGCUGAUGCUCUCGGCAGAGGCCUGGCGGCGGCCGUCGCGCCGCCCCCUGCGGACGCCGGCGACGCGUGCGCGCCGCCGUCGCAGCUGUCGUCGGCGCUGAUGGACCGCGCCUGGGCGGCCGCCGUGGCGAAGCUGGCGCUCGCCGAGGUCGACGACUGCGAGCCGUCGCUGCUCGCCGACGCGCUGCGCCACCUCGUCGUCGCCGGCGGCCUCGCGGGCGAGGUGCGCGGCGCGCUCGAGGCCGCGCGCGCGGGCCGGCGCCGGGCGCCGCCCGCGGCGCCGGCGGGCGGCGCCGGCGCCGCGGCGGCGGGCGGCGCCGUCGCCGCGCGGCUGCGCGCCGCGCCGCCGGACGUCGUGCGCGCGAUCCGCGCCUUCGCGGAGCCGGCGCGCCGCGAGCCGCUCCACGCGCGCCAGCGGCGCGAGCGCGAGGCCGCCGUGGCGCGGCUCGCCGCGGCGAACGCCGCGCGGGGGGCGCGCGACGCCGCGCGGCGCGCCGUCGAGGGCCGCGCGCGGAGCUUCUUCGACGCGCUCGUCGGCGGCCGCGCGCCGGCGGUCGCGUCGCUCGAACCCGCGGCGCUCGCGGCGACGAUCGACGUCGCCGCGCCCGUGCCGCGCGACGCCGCGGAGCGGAUCUUUGGCGCGGGCGCCGACUGCGUGUCGCUGCUCUACGCGGCCUGCGCCUGCGGCGACGCGGCGACGGCGCGCGCGCUCCUCGAGGCCGGCGCGGCGCGGUGCGCGCCCGCGCCCUUCGGCGACGUCUUCGGCACGCCCCUGGAGGUCUGCGAGGAGAGCGGCGACGAGGCCGCCGCGGCCGCCGUGCGCCGCUACGCGGGCGGCGCGCGGACGUCGCUCGACGCGGACGACGUCGCGGACUUCGCGCUGCUGCGCGCCGCGCGCCGCGACGCGCCGCCGCCGCCGCCGCCGCCGCCGGGCGACGACGGCGACCGGGCGUCGCGGCCGGGUCUGUGGGACGCGGCGGGCCUCGGCGCGCCGGAGCGCGCGGCGCUCGACCGCCUCCAGGCCAAGUUCUUCCGCCGCCGCGAGGCGUGCCUCCGCCGCCGCGAGCCCGAGCUCUGGCGCCGCUACCGCGAGUGGGAGCUCUCCGAGGCCGGCACGUGGUGGCACAUGUCCCUCGCGUAA